UAAUAAUUAGCAUGAUCGUCUUUGUGUUGUUUAAGAACGAACCACUUGAUGAUUUAUUUUAAUAAUGUUAUCCCUUCGGUUUUUGUACAGAAUAAUUCUGUUUUUAAUGUAAGAAUUUAACAAAUAAAACAAUGGUCAAAUUAUAAUUAGAGUUUCAACUUUAUUUCAAAUACUUUAGUAAUUAUAUAAUGAUUAAAAUCAUGUAAGGAAGGUGUGCGCAAAUCUAUGCAUUUCAGUCCGAAAUGAAUGGUCUUGCACACACUCACCCACAGCACAUAGUUAAUAGAACUGAUAUUAAACCGCCUUCUUGUCUGAUUGUUCUAGUAAUCUUUAGAUCAGAGCAUUAAUAAUAAACAUGUAGUUCAUUGUAUAUUCAAGUAAUGCCAACCGCAAAAUAACUUGCUAUAACUGGACACCCUAAAAUGACCAUACUAUAACGAAUUCACUAUCAUUUUGUUUGACGAGAAAUAAUGCGCCUAUUACGCCGUACUUCCGUGCCAAUGAACUGAUGACAUUUAAUGUUAAAUAAUAAUCGGGCAAGGUCUUGUUUAUCAACAGCUAUUCAAUUUAAUACCUAGGUACUCUUACAAAAACAAAGCUAAGAUUGGUUUUAAUAAUCUCGGGAAACCUGUUCCAUACAAAACAUCAAAAAAAUUUCGCUUAAAUGAGAUUGAUCUAGGCUUGAUAUAAAUAUAGAAAUCUUGGGCAUUGAGCUAAUCAGUCUUCGGGUGGGAAGUACGCGCUAAUAUUUGUGGUUCAAUAACGUAGAUUGUAUCAAUACAUAAGAAAUGGAAGAAUACUUAGUUGCAUCGUAUGAUAAACUAUCGCACAGAAUUUUUGUGCCUAAGGGCUGGCCGGUUCGCGGAUUCAAGAAACUCCUAUUAUUAUUUGCUGAGAAAGUAAUUUAUGAAGAUGACCCUGACCAGAUAGUCAUCUUGAGAAUAAACGAUAUAUCAACAAUGUUGGCUCACCGCAAAUAUGGAAGUGAAACUUACUACAUUUUUGAAACAAUCUUCGAUUACGGACUAAAGGACGCACACAUCAUUAAUGUUGUCUUUACUGACCUUGCAAUGAUAAAAAAUCCAGUAGCGGCUGAUGCUUCAAAUUCAAAAUCUUCAGCGGGAACGGUCGAGGAAAUUUCCGAUAAUGAGAUACCAGUUGAUGACUACAUUGUUUGUAAGGAACAGAGUUAUUAUAUAACGACGCAUUAUGUUGUGCCAGUCACACAAGUUAUACAGUGGAUGCGUCGUGAAGCAGAUACCAUCCACACAGUGGAUUCUCAUACUUCAGCAGAUUUAUCUAGGUACUUAUUGUUCAUAUUCCUUGAGAUAUGCGAACAGCAGAUAGAAACUAAAUUAGACGGCGAUGGAGGCAUAAUCGUAGUUUUAGACUAAUCAUCU